AUGGGAAAUUUACCCAAAAAUCGAGUUACAUUAAACCGUCCAUUUUUAAUAACUGGCAUCGAUCAUUGCGGUCCAUUAUAUAUUAAAGAAAAACGCGUUCGCAACACCAAAACAGUGAAAGCUUAUGUAGCAGUAUUUGUAUGUUUCUCUACAAAGGCAGUUCAUCUUGAAUUGGUUGGUGAUCUCACCACAGAUUCUUUUCUAGCGUCACUUAAAAGGUUCUUCGCGCGACGAGGAAAGUCGUCCGACAUUUAUUCGGAUAAUGCCAAAACAUUUGUUGGCGCAAAUCGAGAAUUGCGUGAAAUUCAUAAUUCAUUCGAAAUCGCCAUUAAAGAUAGUAGCAUCCAACAGUACGCAAGAAAUAACAACAUACCGUGGCACUUUAUUCCGCCGCGCGCGCCUAAUUUUGGUGGUCUAUGGGACGCAACUGUUAAAUUAGUAAAACGUUAUUUAUACCGUACAAUCGGAAAAACUUUACUAACGUAUGAAGCCAUGACAACGUAUUUAACGGAAAUUGAAGCCAUUUUAAAUUCCCGCCCACUUAUUUCUUUAUCUACCGAUCCAAACGAUUUUACCGCACUCACACCUGGACAUUUCCUAAUCGGUGACUUGAUUACAAGUAUCAAUGAGUCAAGCGUUACAACCGUUCCGUCAACCAAAUUAUCGAUGUGGCAACAUGUUCAACGAAUGAAAGAACAUUUUUGGACACGUUGGCACAAGGACUAUUUACACGAAUUAACAGUUCGCAGAAAAUGGCACACAUCCACGCCAACUGAGGUCAAGGAGGGUGCACUGGUCAUCGUACAUGAGAACAAUGUACCACCAUUAUGCUGGGCCUUAGGCAGGAUAGUUGCGUUACAUCCUGGUGACGACCAUAUCACACGAGUAGUGACGAUCAAAACCGUUGCCGGCGAAUAUAAGCGCAGCUUGAGAAAAUUAUCACUGCUACCGUUAGACUAG